CCCCUCCCCUCUUUGGUCCUGAUCCCUCCUCACGUAAUGUGUUGCUCAUCGCAUCAAACUUCAAGUCCAUGUUCGUGACCGGGAUUCCAAUCAGUGCUAUAAAGAUCUAGGGACAAUCAACACUUCCAAAAAAAUAAAAGUCUCAGUUUUAGGGGCCGAAAGCGGCGACAUUCAGUCAGAGCUGCCAGACUGGCUACAGACGGGCUCUGCUCCACAGAUGUGCAGCACCGGUGAAGGUAUACCAGCACUCACAGUGACUCAUGGGUGCGCAAUGAUAAUAAAUAGACAAGGCUCGCUUUAAAUAUCAGCAAAUCAAGCCUUCUGUAACCAAAGCAAGGUCACCUUGUGUGGGAUCUAGCGGAGAACUGAAGCUCAGGUCUGAUCCUCAUUCUGCUUUUUCUUCUGACUGGACUAGCGCAGCGGUCUCUGCUUCUGGGAUUAGUUGGUGGAAAAAAAAUAUUUUUUCCUUUUGGAUUUAACCUGUUUAUCUGGAUUCACACACACUGAAAAGGUAAGUCCUCUUUUAUUUUAUCUUUUUAAUUUUUAUUUUAGGUUUUGGUACGUCUGAACUAUACGAAGUCCUCUUUAUUAUGAUUUGAGAUGCUCUAACAGGUGUUUUAUCCGUUUUUUUUUCUCUUUGGAAAACAGCAAGCUUAAGUGGCACAGCUGGCAUUGGGUUGCGUGUGAACUGCAUGAGUGUGUAAACUAUUUUCUUCUGCAGAUGCAAAUGUCUCCAAGAAAAAACUCGUUUAACACCCAAAUGGCAGAAAAAGGCUUACAUUUGACUCUUUAACCUGCAUCAUAGCCAUGCAUUCAACAAUUACCUUGAGAUGUUUGUAAAGCGAAAACCAAAGGACUGUCCACCAAACAGGCCAAAUUAUGAAAGUAUGAAAAAAUAACUAUAAUUUGCAAUCUAAAGGCUGUUAUUUACAUCUUUCCUAUUUGCGCAUACCUUUCCUCUAAAAAAUAAUUUGUGAGCCAGGUUUAGUAAUCUGUUUUUGGCAUUAGAAAUUAAUGAUGAGAAUUCAACGAUAAGGAUGAUAAACAUGCAGCUGGGAUUUAGCUGGUUACCAUCAUCCAUCCUCAGAAACAUCUAGACAUGGGGCUGAAAUAAUGGGCUCCUGUCAGAGGCUAUUUCGUAGUUAAAGUGGGGCUCUGGUGGAUUUAGUUUUCUGCCCGUGAGCUUACUGAACUCGCUAUGAAUUAAAUGUUAACUUGUAGGACAGCCCGUGUCCUUGUCUACAGGUCUGUGUCGCCAACUUGAGCAUCUCUUUUGGUGUUAGAGAGCAGGACGUGCAUGUUUAAAACGCUCUCUGGGUCUCUCUUUCUCCCAGCAGUGUGCCCUUUUCUCAUCUUGAAUUGUAUUAAGAGGGGUUUUGGGGGCAUUCAAGGGGAAAAAGAGGUGCCAGGCUUUCUGAGGUGAAGACUUUGGCACAGGGUCUCGGGAGUGAUGGCGGCGUCUGCACCCUCCUCCUCAUCUGGCGGCGAACCGGAUCCAAACUCGACAAAUUUACGACCACCGGGCUCAAGUAGGUCCAUCACAGAUAUAAUGCUAUUUCACGUGUGCUAUUUACUUUGUGGGCUAUGCCAUUAAUCAUUUCUAUCGAGGGGCGAGAGGGGGGAGUGAAGGAGAGAGAGGGAGAGAAAAAGAGAGAGGGGGGGAAAGAAAAUCCGCUGCCAUUUGAAGACGCUUCCUUUGCCACAAAUCACGGCUGUUUCAUUCAGCAUCACAGACCUCCCGGCUGCUGCUGCUGCUGACAGACGAAUCUGCUGUCAGAGCUGCUGUCCUCUGCCAACACUGACAGAUAUGAGCCCGAGGCUAACCAUGGGAAAGAUUACUGCACUGUUAUUAUUAUUAUUAUUAUUAUUAUUAUUAUUAUUAUUAUUAUUAAUAUUGUUGUUGUUGUUGUUGUUGUUGUUGUUGUUGUUGUUGUUGUUGUUAUUGUGUAUUUUUUUUUUUUUUUACUAUUUUCUCUUUUAUGUGUGCUGACUGUAGCCUACUCUGGUUGAAUAAAGUGCCUGCAAGGGAAAAAAAAUCAAAUUGCCCCUGAAGUGGCUUUUAAUUCAGCCAUGUUAAAUUGCUCCUAAUGGCACACUUAAGCAUUGUAGCCUUCAGGAAGGGGAGCAGGGGCGCUGUAGAAAGCCAUCCAUUCAUUGUCUGCCUGCAGGAAAAUAAAAAGGCUGAUUUGCCCCUUUGAAUGGAGGUUUUGAAUCAUGUGACAGGUGUAGAUGUGUGUUCCUGGCGGCAGAAACAUGCACAUAUCAGUGAAUUUUGCUUUGGAAAAUUGCAUGCCUUAUCGGUCUUUUUUCCCUGAAAUUACUUCACCUUGUCAGUCCAUGUUUACCAAAUAAAAACAGUGGUUUUAUGUUGUUAGGCCCAUGCAGAUACAGCAUAACAUGCCUCCAGACUGCACCUUUGCAAAUGUAGCUUUCCUAAUAGUCUGGUGUGAACGCCUUUCGUCAGCACAGCUGCUCUGGUUCCUUUCCUCCUUGUCUUUUUUAUAGCUGUUUGUCCUCUCUUUUGUUGUUUCUUUGUUAGCCUUUUCUCUCCCUCUCAAAAAAGAAAAUCACUGAACGCUGAGUAUCAGUGCGACCAAUGAGCUGAGCAGGGCAAUGAUUUAUCUAAUGAUCCAAAGCAAAGGGUUAAAUUGGGAUGUGGGGAAUGAUUCUGCCCCCCUAUCACCACCCUCGCCUCCUCCUCCUCCUCUUCCUCUCCCUCCUCCCCUAAAUUGCUGCUUUUGAGAAUCUCGUUUUUAUAUUGCCCCCCCCCCUCCUCCCUGUGGCUGUGAGCCCUUGAUAACGCAGUAAUUCUCUAUCUGUCAGCGGCCAGCCGCUUCAUGUCCACUGACGCAGACGUUUCAAACCAGCAUCUUUUCACUCAAUUAGAUCUUUAGGCUGCAUGGCGUGGAUCCAAACGGCUAAUUAAUUUUAAGUCCUGGUCCGGGUCAUGCACGGUGAGGAAAUAGGCUAAUCCACAUGUUCGUGUAAAAAUCCUGGGAGUCUCAUUCUAGUUAUUUUUGUUUCAGUAUCACUCGACCCCACAUGUCUCCUCUUCUCGAUAUCAAAUCGAGCAGAAUAAAAAUGAGCCCAUGUGAUCGGUUUCUUUUUCUUCUGUGAGGCCUAACUGUUUUCUGAAAUUAUUCCAGGCUAUGAUGCUUGGUGCGGGGUUGCUCAUGGAUGUACCAGAAAAUUAGGAAUGAAAAUAUGUGGUAAGUUUCUAUUUUUCUAUAUUUUUAAUGCACUUUGACAAUAAAACUACUUUUUUAAGAGAGGUAUGGUCGCCAUGGUUUUUAUGCUCAUAGCAUGACUUCAGGCUGCACGGCCUGCGUCGUUUUCCCUGUGGCUCACUGGAUGAUUACAUGGGUUUCGAGCCAUAGAGUUAGAAAGGUCACCCAAAGAAAGAGGACCCACUGAAUUUACCAACAUUAUUUAGGCCUUUAAAUUACCAUCACAAAUGAGGGUAUUUAUUCAUAGUUAAAUUUAUUUUUUAAAAGAGGAAAUAAAGGCGCUAUCAAGCAAUUUUUACCCAUGACCUGCAGCUGAUAUAAUAAAGAGGAGACUGUGCAGGAUAGAUUUUUCGAUUUCCCAACAGUCUAUAUCUGUCUCAGUCUGCACUAACCAAAGACGGACUGACAUCUUCCAUACUGGUGAAUGUCACGCGCCAGUGCGCAGCGCAAUUUCCAGGUAUUUUUGACCCACACGUUCUGCUGGUUUCAUUAAAGACGUUUAAUUAAUCAGAAACAUAAAAACCUGCAGGACAUAUACUGUUGGGGGAGAGCACGAAAACAAACCUGCAUUUUGGUUGGCUCGUUAUAAAGGGGGGCAGCAGCAUGUUGCACAAAUUUCUCCAACCAGUGAGUUUUUGUCAGAUUUAUGCCAGGAUGAAACUCCCCACAAAAGGUGGCUUUACUGAUAAAUUCACUCCUCAGUGAAAUGAGCACUCAGCCAUGCCACACUGUUCUGGGCUAACUGUGCUGUUGGCUGUGCAUACCAUCGGAGGAGCUGUUGUAAGAAUUUACAGCCGCUACAUGACAACGAUUUGUUUAUGCCUGAGUGGAGUUUGAUGCUGAUGUCACUGGGCCCCUACAGCCCACAGAGCCCUCCGCCCAUAAAUAGGAGUCCCCGCGCAGGGCAGGGUGGCACCCUUUACUCAGAGAGAGAGAGAGAGAGAGAGAGAGAGUCAGACAGACAUGGAAUAGGAGAGUUAUAAGAACAGGCCUGGUAAAAUAAAGGGGGGCAGAGAACGCUGCAGCAUCCACAAUGUACGGAAAUUGUAAUCACCCCACGGAAUCUUCUUCUUCCUGUAAACGUUUAGGAUUUUUGCAGAAGAACAACAGUUUGGAGGAGAGGAGCAGGAUUAUGAGUUCUCUCAAGGAGCGCACAGCCAAGAACCUGCUGUCCUGUGAUAACAGCGGCGGAGAGGCGCGUUUCAGGCGCACAGAGACCGACUUCUCCAACCUGUAUGCCAGAGGUGGGCACGUGCGAUUUUUAUACUUUAAAGUUAAAAUGUUGAGAUGUGUUAAAAUGAGAUGUGAGCGCAAAACCAAAUAGUAUGUAGAUUUUUUAAAAAGCGAACUGUGACAAAUGAAUAAAGUGAUGAAUCUAUGGCUCUAAAGCUUAAAAAAAUAGUUCUUCCACGGAUUUCCUUAAAUGCAUUUAUUGCACAUUGUGGGAAUUGAUUCUUAAGUUUUCCUUCUAGUUUUACGUGUUUUAUGUGGAAUAUGUGCUGUUUACGGUGUUUGUUUACAGUCUGUUACCGUGAGCUGUUUUCACCAAUCUUUUCCAUGUUCUUCGUUGUUUAUCUUACAUACUUAGUUAAAGGGUGGAGAUAGUUUAACCUACAAGAAGCUGAAAAAAAUACUCUCUGGCACGACCAUAGUGCGUGAAAUCGUAUCAUACUAAAUCUCAUUGUAUUUUAUUGUAUUGAAUCCUGUUGUAUUUUUUAUAUCGUAUCAUGUAGUAUUUUAUCGUAUCAAAUAUAAAAGAUCAUAUCAUAUCACAUCAUAUAUCACAUCAUAUUAUAUCAUAUCAUAGGGUAUGGUACUAUUUCUUAGUGUAUCAAAGUAUAUUUUAUUGUAUUGUACCAAACGUAUUGUAUCCAGUCUUAUUAAGCUGUACCAAAUCUUGUUUCAUACACUAUCAUAUCAUAUUGGUCUGUAUAAUAUCCUAUUGUAUCAUAUAGUGUUUUAUGGUAUCAUACUUAAUGCCACUGUAAUGUAUAGUAUUAUAUCAUAUGGAAAUGUACAGUGUUGUAUUAUAUUGUAGUGCAUAGUUAUCGUAUCUUUUGAUAUCAUACCGAGCCAUAUCGUAUUGUAUCGCAGCUAGUAGUCAGCAUGAACAUCUGAAGCAAGGUGAGAAAAUCAAAGUUUAAAUGUGUACACUCAGAAAAAUUAUUAACAGGAGUGCAAUCCUUGCAUUCAGGCCACCAAGCAUCAAUGCAAACAAACAUCAAUUUAAUAGAUAUGUUUGAUUUUGCAGAUCUGUUGCCCGCUAAAAAUGGAGAGGAGCAAACCAUGCAGUUCCUGCUUGAGGUUGUGGAAAUCUUGACCAAUUAUGUCCGGAAGACCUUUGAUAGAUCCACCAAGGUCCUGGACUUUCACCACCCUCACCAGCUGCUGGAGGGCAUGGAGGGCUUCAACCUGGAGCUAUCUGACCAGCCUGAGUCCCUGGAGCAAAUCCUGGUGGACUGUAGGGAUACCCUGAAGUACGGAGUGAGGACAGGUAGGAACAAAGAGGCCUAGAGGAGCACUGCGGUCUGCUGUGAUCAAUAACUCUCAUUAGAUUACAUGCCAGAGUAAUGAUUACAGAUAAGCAAUUUUCUUCCUCAGAUUCCCACAUAAUUCAUUGUCUUCUUGGGGAUUAUAUUGCUCUGUUGUCUUUUUAUCAAUUGCAGGACACCCCAGGUUCUUUAACCAGCUGUCCACUGGAUUAGACAUUGUUGGUUUGGCCGGAGAGUGGCUUACCUCCACAGCCAACACUAACAUGUAAGUACUGAUCCAGUGUCAUUGAUUAGUUAACAUUUUGAUUAACAGUCUCACUCCAAAAAUGCAGCCAAUGACUUAUAUUGAAGCAAUAAGGCACAGAAGGCUAUGAGGUCUAUUUCAUUCUCUCUCUUUUUGUACUGAUUGUUUUUAAAUGGCCCCUGGAGGAUUGAGGCUUUGGAAUGGAGUAAAAAUUCUAGUGGAUACAUUAAUAAGCCUCUCCGGCAAAAUAACCCUAAUAGUUUGUCAGUCAAGCAGGGAAAUGAAAAUCACAAAAGGCAAGGCCUUUUUUGACCCCCACACCCCACCCCCCCAACAGUAUUGUCUGUGUUGGCCCUGCACUCAGGCUGUGGUCACAUCAUUCAGCCCUGCAGGCAAACCAAAUUGCGUAUUGAUUCACAUUCACAGUUUACAUGCUGUCUUUGUUUCAUCUAAUGCUACUUCCUGUGACAUAACAAUGGCAGGGGGGGAUUUAGCAUGCCCCACACCAUCUGUACACAUUAUCAACAGCUAUGACUUGGACCCAGUUUUUCCAUCGCGACAAAUCAUGUGUUGUUUUUCACAACUCUGCAGUUUGCAUGAACAAUGUGUGUAAACAGCUAAUACAGAGUGGGAUUUGUUAAACCCCUGUCUCUCAUGCAGGAAGUAAUCUUUGACAAUGAUUAAUUUAAUUACUUUUUGUGUUGUAAGCUUGAAUUCUGAGAUAUUGGUUUAGGUUGCCAACCUUCACUGGUGUACACUAUUAUGUAAAAGAGGAACUGGCUGAUUUUCAAAGCUCCACUGCCAGUGUGCACUAAAAUAUUGGUUUUCCAUGGUAGACAUUACAAUACAGUCGAUAACAUUUCAGUGUCAGAUAUACAUCUAAGUACCAAACAAACAUAAAAAAAUUGUCAAAAAAUGUGGUUACAAUUGGGGGGAAAAUGAGAAAAACAGCCCAACAAAAGGUUUGCGAGUGAAAUAGGUCUAUUAGUAGUUAAUGGAUGAUUUUCUGAUGCUUUAUAGAUCAGUUCAAAUCCAUUAAUAGAGACAAAUUACGGGCUGCUGGGGUGUGACAUUAGGGCCAGUUACCAUCUGAAAAAGCCAUUUUCAGAACUUUGUAAUUAACAAGUUGUUGAGCAGUUAUUAUUAUCAAUAACUGCAUAAUUUCCAAAGACAAAGCAUGAAGUUAAGAUAAGAGAUCUUACUUAUUCUUUUUGGCUUAUAAUUUAUCUAUAAAGAAUUGGUUGUAAAGCAUUAAAUUAUGAUUUUAAAAAGUCUUCAUACAGAGUCCCUUGUUAGAAAACAGUACUCUAAUGUCACAUUUGGAGUUUAUGAAGAGAAAGUGUCUGAGAAAAGAGUAUGAUAAUAACAUUGCUAUUGAAUUCAAAUUCAGAUUUUUAGUGUAAUUAUGAAAUCUUUAUUCUCACAUUUUCACCAAAGCCUUAUAUCUCUCUGCCAAAUCAAGCACAGUCUGUCUGAAUAACUUACUGUACUCAGCUUGUUUUCUGCUGCUCUCUCCAGCGAGGAUGACUUGAACCAAAGGGUGGAGGUUGCUUACAUACUUGCAAUUUACCUUUAUUAAUUACUCCAUCAGCCCUAAUUACCCCUGGCAGAUAUUGACUUACACUAAUAGACUGACAAUCACAUGAAGGUGUUGCAUAAUCACAAUGACUGAGUGUUGUCUGCAUGAGUGAAUGUGUUGAAAUGAAUUUGUGACAUCUGCGGUGUGGCAUCUGACUUGUUUAUUUUUUCCCUUCCAUACAUAAUGUCUGUGUGUGUGUGUGUGUGCGUGUGUGUGCAUGUGUGUGUAUACUAAAGAUGCUGAGGGGCACAAUGUGACAUUCUUUAAUGUCUCACUGAUUCAUUUAUGGUCUGUGCAUGAAGAAACAGAUUCUUAUGUAAUUAGAAGAACAUUGGCCUGGAGAAGAUGGAUGAGGCCGCCUGUGCUUUAACUUCAAAUUUACUUUCUUUGAGGCAGAGUUUUUUUUUUCUCCAUGUACUUAAGCCAUGCAGGAAAAAACUAUAGACUCAAGCAGAUAAAACUCAAAUUAACACCCUUAAUAAGAAAAGCACAGGCCCCUCAGGACACUUAUUAGCUUGUUAAUGUUCAGAUUUUUCCACUCAGUACCUUGACUGCUGCUAUUAGGUCAAUAUGACAUUUCUUGCUCAUUUCCUGCAAAGACACAUCCUCCUUUGCCUGUAUCAUUGAGCCUCAAACUACAAGGUACUCUCUGAGUCAUUUCAUAGCAGCAAGAGGCUGUUUCUAAAUCAGCAAGAUGGCAUCCUCACCGAGGUGUGACUAUGUAUAGAGCACUGAAUCUGCUCUAUUUGUAUUAAGAGAGCAGCGUGCCCACUAAAAAAGCAAUUAGAGGAUACAAUUGCAUGCUGUUAAAUCUCAGUCUGCUUCAUAUCGAUCCCAUCAGUAUGUAUGUUAAACAGUUAUCACUUAAAUUAAACUGUAAGGAGAAAACAACUUUAUGUCCCACUGUGUCAUUAACACACCACCAAAUACAGACAUAAAGACAAGGUUCGUGUGUUCAGACUGUUGAUUUCUUUUGUUGUUGCCUUCAGGUUUACCUAUGAGAUCGCACCUGUCUUUGUACUUAUGGAGCAGCUGACGCUGAAGAAGAUGAGAGAGAUCAUCGGCUGGCGUGAUGGAGAGGGUGAUGGAAUAUUUUCCCCAGGUGAGAAAACAUCCAUCUCUUUUUAUUUUUACUUUAUCUAGUCUAGCUUAGCUAAUUACAUUGGACCCUUAGUAUUUUCAAAGUUCCCAGUCACUGAAGCCAUCCUACCACAGUGAGGAGGUAUUUUUGCCUUUAGAUUGCAUGCAGCAUAACUAAAAAGCAUCAUACAAUAGAAAUAUGUGGGUAUGGUGCACUACCUCCAUCAUGUGUAUAACUGCAGGUUUUUAUUUUCCACAGGAGGAGCAAUCUCCAACAUGUACAGUGUCAUGAUAGCAAGAUACAAGUUCUUCCCUGAAGUCAAGACCAAAGGCAUGGCCGCAGCACCCCGGCUGAUCCUCUUCACGUCAGAGCAUGUAAAUUCAACACCACCUUUGUAUCUCUCCACUAUUUAAUGCUCAUUGAACCACUUUUGGCUCCAGGUUUGAGUGUACUCUUCGUUCUGUGACUAAUCAACCUGUGUCCUCACAGAGCCAUUAUUCAAUCAAGAAAGCCAGUGCGGCCCUGGGCUUCGGGACGGAGAACCUGAUCCUUCUGAACACAGAUGAGAGGUUUGCUUUGCGCUUAAAAUACGUUAAAAAAAACAUUCAGGGGAGAGAAGAAAUAUUUGGACGUCUUACUCCUGUGUGUCUGCUUGUUUCCCAGAGGAAGAGUCAUUCCUGCAGAUUUGGAGGCCAAAGUAAUAGAAGCCAAGCAAAAGGUGAAUGUCCAAAACAAUGACUCAGACAUUGUACCCUCUUACUUACUUACCUGUUUGUUCCUAUUAGUGACUCUGUAUACUAAGAAACACUGCUCUAGGCUGUGAAGUGUACUUGCUGCCAACUUAAACACUGAUGCGAGCCAGAGCAGCGAGGUUAUUUCUGUGAGGUUAAUGCUUCAGUCUCCUGACAUGCGAUUCUCAGCUGCUCUAAAGUGCCUCUCCUGAAGCUAUGUCUUCAAAGGUAAAGUGAUGAGCAGGCUGAAAGAAAUGACAAAGAAGUAAGUUCAGACUGAGAGAAAGCCUUAUUGGGAUGUCUUUUUGCCAAUCUCGUCAUUUUUUGCAUUUAGAGAGAGGAUCAACACAUCUUGAACCCACUCUCUAAUGCCUUUUUCCAAUGCUUUUAAUUUCUAGGGGUAUGUUCCCAUGUUUGUUAAUGCAACCGCUGGAACCACCGUCUACGGAGCUUUCGACCCCAUCAAUGAAAUUGCAGACAUCUGUGAGAAGUACAACAUGUGGCUGCAUGUGGACGUAAGAGAGCAUUUAAUUUCCUCAGUUUAGUAAUAUCAGAUGUGCAUGUUCGCGCCAUGUUAAGAUACUGUGAUAUUAACGUCUUUAAUGAAUGUGUUGUUUUCUGUGCAGGGCGCAUGGGGAGGAGGUUUGCUCAUGUCCAGGAAACACAGACACAAGCUGAAUGGAGUAGAGAGGUAAAAGAACAUGAUUUAUUAACAUAUAAAUGACAUAAAUGAACUACAGGAACUCCUGGUUAUUAAAGGGGGAUAACACUAGUUUGUACCUCCAUAUUAAAUUCACUUAUUACGCAAAACUGUUGAUAUGCCAAAUUUAAUGAUAGCAUCAGGGUUAUUUUGGCAUGAGCUUGGAGUGGAGUCAGAGGAAUAAACCCAGUGUAAAGCUCAGAGUAUUGAGUUUGAUGGGCAUUUGAAGGAGAUGGAUGGAAUCGAACACUGAAUUAUGGACUCAUUGUUCUGUGGGCUGGACACAUACCCAGGACUUAAAAGUAAGGGUACCCUGGGCUCUUGCACUUAGAUUUUGACAUAAAAAAUGAGUGCAUGUGUUUUUUAUUGAAAAUCUUUACUGUGUAUUUUAUAUCUCUUCAUGAGAUAGCAUAGUAAAGCAUGCAGUAGAUAAAUGACUAAGAUUAUGGAGUGUCAGGGUGCUGAUUUAGCCCUGUGGUUAGGCGUGCACCCCAGAGGCUGUAGUCCUUGUUGCAGUAGUUGCUGGUAAAACCCCUGUCCCCAGUCCUUUGCUGCAUGUCAUUCCCUGCUCUCUACUUCCCACCCUUUGUGUCUCUCUUCAGUGUUUCUAUCUAAUAAAGGCAAAAAUAUUUUAAAAAUCCUAAAAAUAAAACAAAUGAGGGAAGAGUAAAUUCAUAACCUGGUGUUCAACAGGGUCCUUGCCAAAGGAGGACCCAAAUCCUGAUUGACAAAUGACACCAAAUUGGUGGAGUCCACUUUAAAAAUCAGGGCAAAAUUGGCCAAAGAUGUGUAAUCCAAGCAGCAGCGUAUGGUAUUGAAAAUAAACUAAAAAGUUCACUUAAGGCUGGCUGCAAAAGCCAUGGAAUCUCCUGCACGUCAAAAUGCCAAUUACUAAAACAGAAAUAAAUGUUGACACCACAAAACCAAAAAUGGUUUUGGUCUAUGCAGCUCAUUUCCAUCUAUGCACUGUGCAGGGGAGGGUUUUUUAUGACUUAUCCAUCCACACAGUACAAAGGCUUAGAGUCAUACAUAAAUAAGUGCAAUAUGGGGCACAGCUGAGUUGACUGACAGGUGGGUGUAUUUUUGCUGUUUCGACUAAAAGCCUGCCUCAGCUCUGCCUGGGUUCGAGGUUGACCAAAGUUAGGUUGAGUCAGCAUUUACAACAUGGUGAGUGCUGUCAGUGGGCUUCAAAAUGCCUUUUCAGAAACAGAGGGGAGAUGUGACAGAGACUACGCCCAUGAUUUAUAGUCUGUGAUGUGAUCGUCUUGAACACUACCACAGAUUUCUCACAAAAAUGUAUAUGCUUUAUUCCUAAAUUGUUAGAUUGCCAAUUCAGUUUCUAGAUUUGAUAUCACACACACUCACAGAGCUGUGUUCACUGUUUCAAUAUCUGUGCAGGGCCAACUCAGUCACCUGGAACCCUCAUAAAAUGAUGGGAGUGCCUCUGCAGUGCUCUGCCAUUCUGGUCAGAGAGAGGGUGAGACUGUGCUGCCUGCUGCACAAAUCCAUGCACAUAGUGACGCUGACAACCGUUUUCUGUUGGUGUUCAUAAAAAAUUCUCUACUCCCCCACCACGACUCUUUCCUCUGUAGGGGUUACUGCAAGGCUGCAACUCUAUGUGUGCUGGAUACCUCUUCCAGCCUGAUAAACAGUAUGACGUCACAUAUGACACGGGUGACAAGGCCAUACAGUGUGGACGCCAUGUGGACAUCUUCAAGUUCUGGCUCAUGUGGAAAGCAAAGGUGUGUUAAAACUGUCAUAUUUGUUAUAAGACCUUUAUUUUGGACCUUCAAACCAAAUCUGGGAUAUCAUGUCAGCUCAGCCAUGUUGACUCUUUUUGUUAUUCACUCUGUCUUAAAGGGAACGGUGGGAUUUGAACAGCAUAUUGACAAGUGCCUGGAUCUGUCAGCAUACCUCUACAAUAAAAUAAAAAACAGAGAAGGUUAUGAGAUGGUCUUCAAUGGAGAGGUGAGGACAUUUUUUCAAAGACUUUCUGUUUUUUACUUCAGCAUACUGAGGUGUCAGAUGAUUAUAAAGCAGCUGUACUGCAGACUAAAUAUCUGUUAGUCUUCUGUGAAUACACACAACAACACAACUCGGUUUAGAGAUUGAUUGCAUCAAUUUGCAUUGGUGACAGCAUGACAGGGAAAGGCCAAAAUUACAGACAGCAGUUUUUUAUUAGCACUCAUUACAAAUGUUGUUCUCAUUUUCUGUUAUCAGCCGCAGCACUCAAAUGUGUGUUUCUGGUAUCUUCCACCGAGCCUGCGUGGCCUGCCUGACAGCAAGGAGAGGCGGGAGAGGUUGCACAAGGUAAUGACAUGUCAGUCUGCUCCUAUAGAAACAUUUUUAUUUCCCCAGCUCACACGGCGCUUCAAAAUGGAGGUGAUUCAUUCAUUAACAUCAUGGUCUGCCGUGCACAAGUAUGCUCAACUGUAUUUUUUCUGUAAAAGGUUGCGCCAAAGAUCAAAGCAAUGAUGAUGGAGUCAGGGACGACAAUGGUGGGCUACCAGCCACAAGGAGACAAGGUCAACUUCUUCCGCAUGGUCAUCUCCAACCCUGCAGCUACCCGGUCAGACAUCGACUUCCUGAUAGAGGAGAUUGAACGUCUUGGUAAUGACCUGUAAGAGGCCACAGCUAAAUCUUUUCCUUACAAACACCUGUCUUGUGGGACUCUGGAAAGCCUUCAGCUCACAGGUCCUUUUUGGCAGCGCACAACAAAAAAUAAAUCCUGCGUGUUUCUUAUUUUCGCCCUCUGCCUUUAGCAGUGAUGACAUUUAUUCAAACAAGUUUGCACACACGGUCAUCUGAGUAAAAGGAUACGAGUCAAAACUUGAGAGAAUUAUCAAGCACACUGGUAUUCUGACUAUUCCCAUUUAUAAAAAUACAAUAAACUCAUAUUAUGCCAAUUAUGUGUAAUUACCCUUCAUGGGAACAUGAGGCUGCAAGAAAAGCUGCACACUUGAAUGAUUCCUCCUUUACAAAAGUGUCAUUUUACUAUUUUAUUUCAUAAAGAUCAGCUUUAAAAACACAAUGCAAACAAGAUCUUUUUCACAAUCAACAGAGCACAAUGUAGAAAACCAUAUGGCAUCGACACAAACGAUAUUAAUGUAAAAUAUAUAUAAAUUUAUGAUGUACUGACUGUUGGUGCUUCAUGUCGUCUAUGUAAUUAUUGAGCCUGAUGCACCGCCACAUUGUACCCUGGCUUUUCUUUUCUUUGAUAUUACAUAAGUGGAAAUAUUUAACACAGAGCUGUACCUGAAUGCUGUGUUUUUAGAGAUCUUUGUGUAGAUUGUGUAUAGUAUUGUUACAUUGCCUUUGUGCCAAAUGUGUCAUAGUUUUACAGUGAGAAAAUCCUAUAUGUAAAUGGACAAUACCUUAUAGUAUGUGAUAGAUGAAUCACUUUAUUUGUAACCAGAGGUUAUAAUUGUGAAUAGGUUACCUGCUGUCCAUUUGUAAUGUAUUCUCUUUCCUAUUUGGAAACUGUAUUAUAUCACAAUGUUUUCAAUGAUGUUCAAGUCUUUUGGUGUAUUUGUGAACCAAAGAGGGUCAAGUUGCAUUAGUUAUAUAAGAACAUUUAACUCGCCGCCCUUAACUUUUGUGCAAUCUAUGUUGUGUAACUGUGCAAUGUCGAUGUGAUUCACUGACUAAAUGGUGUCACGACACAAGCGGGAGGGAGGACUGGCGGUGCAGCUCCUGCUGCUGGUGCAUUAUCAGUGAUUUAAGAGCACAAUGCUAGAGCAGCUUUUAUUCUAUGGACAUAUGAUUGUCUGAGUGUUAAGUGAAGUAAAACUUUAAUAUGCAAAAUUAGUUUGUCUUAAUGAACUCUAUAGGCACACUCUUCUGUUGGAAAAAAAUAUCUAAGAAACUGGCUUUAUUGAUUGCUAAGAAAUGAGCUCGAUAAAUGAAGUCCUCAUUUUUUGCUGCUGUGUUAAGAUUUCUUUAUUGAACAAUUGUACAUUCCUGAAUUAGUGGGAUGGAUAUUCCCUUGUUAAAUUUAAUGUAGGCACUUUAACUUCAUUCCAUCAUUUGCAGAGUAUCACUAUUGUAACUACAACACUAAUAAAGACAAAAUCUGAACAACAACCGUGGGCACAUUUUUUACAGUGUGUGUGCAAGCACAAAUGAGC